AUGUUGAAAAUCUUGUCAAGAGCAUGGAUUAUUUCACACAGAGUGGAGAUGUGGCUUCUGAUACUUGUGGCUUAUUUGCUCCAAAGAAAUGUGAAUUCGGGAAAUAUGCCAACCAAAGCUGUGGACCCAGAGGCAUUCAUGAAUGUGAGUGAAAUCAUCCAAUACCAAGGCUAUCCCAGUGAGGAGUACGAAGUUGUCACUGAAGAUGGGUAUAUACUUUCAAUUAACAGAAUUCCUGAAGGACUGGUAAAAUCUAAGCAUAAAGGCUUCAGGCCAGUGGUGUUUCUGCAGCAUGGUCUUCUUGGAGAUGCCACUAACUGGAUUUCCAACCUUCCCAACAACAGCCUGGGCUUCAUUCUGGCCGAUGCUGGUUUUGAUGUGUGGAUGGGAAACAGCAGAGGAAACUCUUGGUCCAGGAAACACAAGACCCUCUCCAUAGACCAAGAUGAGUUUUGGGCUUUCAGUUAUGAUGAGAUGGCUAGGUUUGACCUUCCUGCAGUGAUAAACUUUAUUUUACAGAAAACGGGCCAGGAAAAGAUCUAUUAUGUCGGCUAUUCACAGGGCACCACCAUGGGAUUUAUUGCUUUUUCCACAAUGCCAGACCUAGCUUAUAAAAUCAAAACAUAUUUUGCUUUAGCUCCCAUAGCCACUGUUAAACAUGCAAAAAGUCCUGGGACAACAUUUCUGUGGCUGCCAGAUAUUUUGCUCAAGGGAUUAUUUGGCAAACAAGAAUUUCUGUAUCAGACCAGAUUUUUCAGGCAGUUUUUUAUUUACCUUUGUGGCCAGAUGUUUCUUGACCAAAUCUGUAGCAAUGCCAUACUACUCAUGGGAGGAUUUAACAUAAACAACAUAAACAUGAGCCGAGCAAAUGUAUAUGUGGCCCACACUUUCUCUGGAACAUCUGUUCAAAAUAUUCUACACUGGAGCCAGGCAGUGAAUUCUGGGGAACUUCGGGCAUUUGACUGGGGGAGUGAGACCAAAAAUCUGGAGAAAUGCAAUCACCCAACUCCUAUAAGAUACAAUGUUCGAGAUAUGAAGGUCCCAAUGGCAAUGUGGACAGGAGGUCGGGACUGGCUUUCAAAUCCAGAGGACGUGAAAACCCUGCUCUCGGAAGUGACCAACCUCAUCUACCACAAGAACAUUCCUGAGUGGGCGCAUGUGGAUUUCAUCCUGGGGAUGGAUGCUCCUCAGCAAGUGUACAAUGAAAUCGUCCGUCUAAUGAUGCAGGAGGAGAGCAUCCUUUCCCACGGAACCUGCCAGGUCUCACUGUAAAGCUUCUACUCUUGACAAGUCUUUGUGACAGCCCCAUGGAAUAUGGCACUGUUGGGGUGACAGGGGGCUGUCACGGAGGAUUUGCAGAAGCAGAAACCUAUACUGGCAGACAGGAGAAGAGA